UUCGCCUCAGAGCAGAGGCAGUUCGGGUCCCCGCAGCAUUCAACGUAGUCGAAGAGGUACAGCACAGAGACUGUCACCACCAUUACUUCUCACUUACGGUCAUUUCGAGACGGAAACUUUUUCACACAAAAGCCAAACAGGUCAACAAAAGCGGCAAUUAUUUGAAACUUGAAGUAUUUUGGAAAUCCUAAGAGACGGAAAGAAACUUUUUCAUUUUUUUUUUUUCUGGCGUCGUCUAUGAGGAGUUCUGCCACACACCAAAAAAAUCCAAGGCAACAAAAAAAUAUAUAAUACAAGGUGGAAACGGUUGCAGGAGAAAACAAAAACAGGUUCUUCUUCUUUUUUUUUUUGUUUUCUUUUUUUUUGAACAAUCGCGCCACAAGUCCACAACGGAAAAGGUAUCGGCUGCGCUCAGUUUGCAUGGCUUGUCGGCGCCUGCGUUAUUUCAUUUGCCACACAGACGAGACACCUCCAUACCUCCGCCAGUAAUAAUAAAUAGAUGUGAUAACUUCAGCGUUGGACGACCAUCUUCAGCCUUCACUUUAUUCGACAGUGACUUGAGAUUCCCGCGAAGCAAUUGGGCUUCAACUCCCGACCGAGGAGGCGGAGUCUUAACUUAUUAAAAGGAACUUGCCGAGGCUUGGAUCGCCCGCAAAUAUGAUGAUGAUGUCUCUGAACAGCAAGCAGCCUUUUGCCAUGGCUCACGCCAGCUUGCCCGAACCCAAGUACUCGUUGCAUUCCUCAUCCUCCAAUUCCAAUGCACCCUCAUCGUCCUGCUCGUCCUCCCGACACAGCAACACCAUCAUCAGCAGCAGCGGCAGCAGCUCGGAGGCGAUGCGCAGAGCCUGUCUCCCAACCCCACCGAGCAAUAUAUUCGGAGGCUUGGAUGAGAGUUUGUUGGCCCGGGCUGAAGCUCUAGCGGCGGUGGAUAUAGUCUCGCAGACCAAGAGCCACCACCACCCUCCACAUCACAGUCCCUUCAAGCCGGACGCAACCUACCACACCAUGAACACUCUCCCCUGCACCUCGUCUUCCUCCUCCUCCUCCUCGGUGCCUAUUUCUCAUCCGUCCGCCUUGUCUGGACACCACCAUCACCACCACCAUCACCACCAUCACCAGCCUCACCAGGCACUGGAGGGGGACCUGCUGGACCACAUCACCCCGGGACUGACACUAGGAGCCAUGGCAGGGCCGGAUGGCUCGGUGGUUUCCACGGCUGCGCACCCUGCCCACAUGGCUGGCAUGAACCACAUGCACCAGGCAGCCAUCAACAUGGCUCACGCCCACGGGCUACAACAGCACAUGGGCAUGAGCGACGUGGACGCCGAUCCAAGGGACUUGGAAGCCUUCGCAGAGAGGUUUAAGCAGAGACGGAUCAAACUAGGGGUUACCCAGGCGGAUGUAGGGUCAGCUUUAGCCAGCCUGAAGAUUCCUGGGGUGGGCUCCCUCAGCCAGAGCACCAUCUGCCGAUUCGAGUCCCUGACGCUCUCUCACAACAACAUGAUUGCUUUGAAGCCCAUCCUGCAAGCUUGGCUAGAAGAAGCCGAGAAAUCACACAGGGAGAAACUUAAUAAACCCGAGUUGUUCAACGGCGCGGAGAAGAAGAGGAAGCGCACGUCGAUAGCGGCGCCAGAGAAGAGAUCACUGGAGGCCUAUUUUGCCAUUCAGCCGCGUCCCUCCUCGGAGAAAAUCGCAGCAAUCGCAGAGAAGCUGGACCUGAAAAAGAACGUGGUGCGGGUCUGGUUUUGCAACCAGCGACAGAAACAGAAACGAAUGAAAUACUCUGCAUGCGUCUAAAAUCGCUUUAAACCACCGCCCACUGAAAGACUUGGGACUGUUUAGAGACGAUUUGUAUCAUAUUUCCUACCCCACACCUUCUUUUUUUCAAUCAUCGAUGACUUUGUGCUUUGAACUUCGAAAAAUUCCUAAAAAAUUGAACAAUGUCUGAAAAAAAAAACAAACAUCCACAGUCACGUCUUGUACUCGCUGAAGGGGAGACGUGGAGUCAAGUAAAGCACCGUUUGACAGAGCAAGUAAGACACCACUGUUUCCACAAUUACUAUGCUUCACCUUUUUAAUGUCAACGCAGUAGGACUUACAGGACUCUAUGCUUUCGUUUUUAUUCAUGAUUCAUUUCAAAUGAGGACUAUAGUUGGCGUUAGCAGAAAUAGCCCCACUGAAAAUAGCGUUUGUUAUUUACACACAACGGGGCUAGUUUAACCCAAAGCACUUGGUUGGUGACUAUUGGUGUUUAUAUUUUUGGCUUAUAGGAUGAGCUACAUUUUUCCCUCCGAGUUUAUGACGAUGCAGUCUGACAUUUAGUCAGGGUCCAUAAGGGGAUUAAGAGGAUAACACACUACAUGGUCUUGAAAGCUAAUAUUAGAUUACUGCCAAAUAACCCUCUGUAAAUUAAUAAUUUACUUGUCACACACUUCAUUUUGUGUCUAAAUGUGUAAUUAAUGCCACUUAUUUUUGUUACCAUGUGUGAUCAAAGUCAGGGAUCUAUUUUGAAGAUACCCGGGGUUUGGAUCAAGGUAGGGUUGUUUAUUAUUAGGCCUCAGUAUGUGGAAAUAUCGAAAUAGUGACUCACGUGCGGAUUUCAUAGAACCUCGCAAUUAAAAAAAAUAUAUGAUUUCUUGCCGUCUGCAAUAAGUUUACAAUCCAGUGUGGGCCGGUAUCUUAUGAACUAUUUAUUGAGUGAGGUCAUGUUUACUUCAUUAUAUAUUUAUUGGGAUUUCCCCCCCCUCCCCCCCCCUCGUUUUGCUUGAGAAAAUCACAGUCUGACAGCAAGUUAAGCGUGUUGUCCUGGUUUAAAGGGAAACGACUGUGAAACAUGCAGUCACAAAUUUUAGUUUACGAUUUCUCACAUUUGAGACGGUACAAUCGAGAUAUAUAUGAGAUAGUAUUCUCUUUUUAAAUUAUUUUGUGUAUGUUUUCUGCUAUUUAUUUGUAUAAAUAUACGCGCAUCAUUAUGAAGUCGUUGCUUGUUAAAAAUCACCUUGUUUAAGUAAUGUUUUUUCUCGAAGACAAAAGAAACAGCUUCAUGGAAGUAUACGUGUACAAUGUAAAUAUUUCAUUGGAACCAGUCGAUGCACAUAAAUAUAUCCGUACAGGUUUUUGCUGUAUUGCUGUUUUAGCUGAGGUAACUUAUUUCUGUAAUGUAUGUUGCUUUUGGUUCCUGGUUAAAUAAUUCUAUUAAUUUAUUACAUCCAUGUAAUUUUAAUUUAUUUAAUUAUUGAAUUGCAAUAUGUGUUUCAUUAAAGAACAAACUUUAACAUUUAA